AUGACGAUGCUUACGAGGAUACAAUUGGCAGCCAUAACGUGGGUCUGUUGUGGUGGUGCUUUUCAAACAUCAGAGGCCUUUUCCUUUCGUCCACUGGGAAUUGGAUCAUCAUCAUCAUCAUCAUCAUCAUCAAUACAAAGAAGACCACGCUCAUCACAACUGGCAUCGGCAAUCAAUAAUGUCGAUUGGGGAAGAAAGACUGUUCUACAGUUGCAAAACGAAUUGCGGGCAAGGGGACUAUCAGACAAGGGAAGCAAGACGGUUCUGAUACAACGACUCGAAGCUUUGAAUACGGUCAAGGAUCAUCCUCCAAAUGAAAACGCAGAGGAUGGUUUGCCUGGUUCUGGAUCACGCAAUGGUCGGUCCUCACCAGGAUCAUCGUAUACCGCAUCGUCAUUUACGGGAUCUAAUUCUGAAACAUCACCAGAUGCCACUUACAAACCACGAUCAUCCUUUGCCAACAACCAAACUAUGGUGGAUAUGGAAAGUGAUGAGGCGAGACGAAUCGAGAACUAUUUGAAGAAGGUGAAGCAACAACAAAAGAUAAGGCAACCAAGGCAGCAACAGCAGCAACAACCCCCGCGGCGGAGACCGCCAAGACCGACUCAACAACAGCAGCAGCAGCAGCAGAGACCACCGCAACAACAGCAACAACAGCAACAACAGAGACCACCGCAACAACAAAGGCCGCCGCAACAACAAAGGCCGCCGCAACAACGACCAGAACGUAAUGCACAUUCCACAUCCUACGGCUCCCCUGGACAGCAACUAGCAGCUGACCCAUUCAUGAAUGGGCGAUCUCCAAUGCAACCAAUUCCAUCGUCGUCACCCCAACAACGACCACCACGAAUAGAGACGAUUAUUGAUGUCACCUCCACUGCCACCUAUGCACCCAGACCACCACCACCACCAUCUGUCGCACAGCACAGAAACGAAGAUGAUAUCUAUAAUGGUGCUGCCUAUGCUUCUUCCCAACAAAACUCUUGGGGCCGCGAUGAUUCCUAUCAACCAGCUACACGUCCACCGCCAAGAGCAUCACCACCACCACCACCAAUCUCAUCUCCUCCAUCCAACUUUGGCGAACAAACGGUGACGGCAACUUCCUCUUUUUCUCAGCCACCACCAUCACCACCACCAAGUCCACCGAAAUGGGAUACAUCCAAAAAAGGAGAAUCAAGGGCAUUUUUGAGCAUUGACAAGGAUGAUUUCCUGACCCCCUAUGAUGCUGCCGUCGAAAUGACUGCUGAUGGUGCUGCUCCCACCGAAGAGGACCCAAUAGAACAAGAACCAAUCGUAUCCGAGACUACGGAAGAAGUAUUCCCACCAGCUUUGGACAAGACUGCUGAUGACAAAUCGAUAUUGGACAAGAAUAAUGUCAUUGAAGUGGCUACAGCAACUGUAAAGGCUUCCCCUCCUUCUCCUCCAAGCACUGCUGACGAAAUGGAGGAAAGAGCGAAUGGAAUGAAUGAGGUCAAUGGGAUCAAUGGGAUCAAUGGAAUGACUUUUCCGAGCAAGGAGAUUGAGACCGAAACGAUGGCCUCGGCCAAUGGGAGCAAGUCGGUGGCUGAUCUUGAUGACGAAGAUGACAGUGUUCCCAAGGAAGUCUCAUUCUCUGACUCUUCGCAGAGUGAAGAAGCCACGACAAAUGGUGAGACUGAAGAAGAGGGUCCAUGGACACGUGAUGAGCCAUAUCCAUUUGAGGUGUUGGGCGUGGAGCCAGGUGCUUCCAUGUCGGAAAUCAAGGCGGCGUAUCGAAAAAAGGCCAUGGAGCUGAGUCUAGCGGAUGACUCGGAAGAAAUAGCAGAGAAACUUCGUCAAGUAGUGGUAGCCUUUCAAGUACUGAGUGGCGGGUACAAGAAAGGGAAGUACGAGCAAGAAUACCAAAUGUUGCAAAGGCUCCAGCGAAGACAGGAAAAGAAACAAGUGCCCGAGACAAACGACGAUGGAACUUCCAAUUUGGCUGAUCUAUUGCCAGCCCAUAUGUAUGAACAAGUUUCUCUCAGAUUCAACUGCACAGAACCUCAUCUGCUCCAGUUGCAAAAAGCGUGCUACAAGGCAAUUGUGGAUGGAGAAGAUGUCGUCUUGAAUGCUCCAGCGGAUAGCCUGGAAAUUGUCGUGGGCACACCGGCAAGAUUGCUAAAGUACAUUAUGAUGGGAGUUUUGGACCCAGCCGGAAUCAAAACUAUUGCGGUCGAUGAAGCAGAUGGCUUGUUAGACCACCUUGGAGUCAUUGAAGAUAUAUUCGUAUCGAUUCCAUCAGAUGACUAUCAGAAAGUGCUGACGAGCGUUGAAAUGCCUUCCGAGCUGCUCGAGUUUUGUGAGGAAAACAUGGGCCUGGUUCCAGAAAGUUCUAACUUCAUCAUCGAAUCGAACUCCAAAACACUAUUAGACUCACAAGAAGAUAUAGAAGAUGAUACCAGCGAUGAAACAGAAAUGGAUUUCGAAGAAUUCGUCGAGGAUAACACCAGUGAUGAACCAGAAAUAGAGGUCGAAGAAGGUUUCGAAGAUAAUACCAGCUAUGAAAUGGAAAUGGAAGUCGAAGAAGGUCUCGAAGACAAUACCAGCAAUGAACCAGAAAUGGAAGUCGAAGAUGUCAUUCAUAAUGACUUCAACGACGAGAUCAUUACCGUGGAAUUCGAAAGUGUUCAAGCGUCGGAAGUUUCAGUGGAGCUGAAUACCGCUGUUUUGGCUGCCAUGGACCAUUGGCACACUGCUACUCGACCUGCGGAUCGCCCAAUCUUAUCAUUGGAUAUCAUCGCAUCUAUGUCUCCCAUCCCAAAGGUUGUUGUUUUGUUUGUUCCAUCGGAUGACGACGUUGAAUCAGUGGCUACGGAACUAGAAAUCUUUCACGACACACUGGUCAAAACAUUGACAGAUGGAUCUUCCAACGAUUAUCACGCGCAAACACUCGAUUCCAUCCGGGCUCACUCCGAAAGCGGAGCGAGCGGAACCAUGAUUCUUGUCGCUUCUGACGCAGCUGCUUCCGGAGCCAACUUGCCUCCAGCAGAUUUGAUUUUGCAAUAUGGCAUUCCAAGACAGCCAUCGAACCCGAAUCUCUACGAUGCAAAUGUCUACAUGGCUCGAGUCCAACGUGCCUGUGGCGACAAUAAGGAUACCCAGGCUAUGUUACUGUAUGACUAUGAAGAAGAGGGCCGGCUUUUGCCCGGCCUGCAGACAGAGAUGGAAGUCGACAGUGAUAUCGUUCUGAAGCCCCGUGCACUUCCUUCUCCACAUCACACUUUGGAAGCCUCCUACUCCCGCACCAAAUCAUAUUGCGAUAAAUUGGAUUGCUUACCUAUAGUUGUGGAUAGCUUUGAGAAACAGUUGAAAGCUGAGCUUGCCGGAAUGGACGACAUGGAUCGUGAAGACGAACUGUUUCAUCGCCUGGCAAUUACCAUGGCUGCUCUUUCGGAUCCUUCGAAGCUCAGCAAAGAAAGCUCUUGA